AUGAUUGAUUUGGACGACCCCAAACCGGCAGCAGAGGACCAGCUCUCGUCUGAAUUGGUUGCCUCGCUUAAGAGCGGAGAAUCUACGCCACAGGCAUCUCGACACGCUAGCAUAUCGGAGACGCAACCGCCAGAAGUAGCCACGGACCUAUCAUCCAUGACGCCUUCCCCCAACCAGCAGCACCGGUCAAGUUCAUCUCCUUUGCCCAUUUCGCGACUCGCCGUCGAUAUUCAGCAGUCGAUCAGACAGACCCUAGACGGUCAAUUGAAAGGCCAGGACAGCCCGGUUAUGAAUGAAACCUUGAGUGUUAUCGAUGAGCACAUAACCGACCUGAGCACCCCGCGUCAUAGCGUGGCCAAUCACGAAAACAAAGCAAAUAAUGAUUCCUCGAGCGAAUAUAGCAGCCAUCUUGAACAUCGAGUCUCCUACAUCAGGGGCCAUGAAACCGAUGAAGAAGAGGAAAACCAGCCGACCGAGGAGCAAGUGCGGAGCUGGGAUGCAGCUGAGACAGCGAGGCAUUUACGUGAACUGGGAGUCGAGGCGAAACACUGCGAUAUAUUCGAGGAGCAAGAGAUAACCGGUGAUGUGCUACUGGACAUGGAUCAGGAUUUUCUCUUUAUGAAGGAGUUUGACUUCGGCGUCAUGGGUCGUCGGUUGAAGACGUGGCACAAAGUCAAGGCUUUCCAAGAGGAGGUCAAGGGUCUCAAACAACAGCAGCAGCAACGGGGCUCUACCUCCAGCUAUCCUGCGCCGUCGGAAGAAAGGUCUCUCAGCCGUGCCAGCCACACUGGCCCUUUUCUUCCCCGCAUCCCUCACCUUACAAGAGGCUCGGCCGGCUCCAUGCAGCAUCCACGGCUCGUGAGUAGCGGGAUAUCGAGUACCACAAGUUCUCCUAUGACUCCGCAGACUCCCAACUUCAUGGAUCAUCAAAGAAGACCUUCAGCAGCGUCCAUCCGGGAGAUCAAUCACCACCGUCGUCAUUCUUCCAUAGACACAGGGCACCGCGUGGAUACGUCGCCUCACACUGGUCAUUUUAAGCAGUCUUCAUUUGACAGAAAUUGGACUAUGGCCAGCGGAUCACAGCGGGUCCCCUCUCGCUCAGGCACUUACCCCAUUUAUCACGAAGGAGUACUUCCCCAACACACUUUCCGGCGCCCGGAUACCAACGAGUCUGACUCUGCGGUCUCCGUGACCGAUCGGUAUGAUGAGCUAGAACGGGGAUACUUCUCGGGUCCCGAAGGAGAUACCACGAAGAACAGGAGACUGUUGCAGAAACGGACCUCCGUGACUGGAAGUGCAACUCAUUCCCGGCAACCUAGUUACGCCGAUGAUAAAUUGAAAGUCAACAAGCGACAUUCCCGCAUCUCCAGCGUUGACUCAAUCCGAGAUACGGCCAAGCAAGCUCCUCCUGCUGCUGUGGCGGACGUUCAGACUACUGCAGCACCGAAAAGCCGAUUUAGAAGCCUGAGCACUCGAGUGAUUGACCGACGCGGUCCAACUUCGCAGUCUUCCACCACCACAACUUCUACAGAGAAGCCUGGCUCUAGCUCUGGCUUCUUUUCAUCGUUUGCACCGCUUGCCCCCUUUGUGGGAAAGUCGGAUGCUGAAGGGUCAGGACGUGCAUCUUCCUUGUCCUUCUCUCAGAGCAAGAGUGGUGGGCCCAAAACACGGCGCACCGGUGGGCUCCGUAUCAUAUCCGAUGUUGUCGGGAAGGGUAUCGACACCUCUGUCGCGCCUGCCUCACCCGUUAGAGAUACCGAUCCAGCUUCGGUCAGAACCGGCUCUACUACACCGUCGACGUCGAAGAGUUCUGAGAGGCAUAGCACUGAAAGCUCAAUCAAGAACGCAGAGGGAGGCAUAUCUUUGCCGCGUCCAAGGGCAUCCGUCAAGGCGGGCCCAAAAUCCAAGAAAGACACCAGCGCCUAUAUGCGAGGCCUGGAGAAGAAGACACCGCAAGAGCAAAUGGACGGUUGUGAUUACUCCGGGUGGAUGAAGAAGCGAUCAUCAAAUCUCAUGACUACGUGGAAACCUCGCCUAUUUGUCCUACGUGGCCGCCGUCUGUCGUACUACUACUCUGAGAACGACACCGAGGAAAGAGGCCUCAUUGACAUCACCGCUCAUCGUGUACUACGAGCAGAUAACGAUCCCAUUGUCGCCUUGCAUGCAACUAUCACCGGCGCCACGGCAUCGCCAACAUCACCCUCUCUUUCCAACGGUGCUGACACUUCGUCGGCGGACAAGUCGUCCACCUCACCUUCCUCUCGCAAUUCCAAGCUGGAUCCAGAGGGGCCGUUCUUUUUCAAGCUUGUGCCUCCCAAGACAUCCCGUACCGUACAAUUCACCAAACCCGCGGUACAUUACUUCCAAGUGGACAGUGUCAGAGAAGGUCGACUAUGGAUGGCUGCGCUGAUGAAGGCAACUAUCGAGCGUGAUAUGAGCCUGCCCGUCGAGACAACGAACAAGCAAAAGACAGUCAGCUUGAAGCAGGCCCGGAUGAUGAACCAACGACCUCCUGCACUGAUGACUGAGUCAGAACUACAAGAGGCCAAGGAAGAAGAGAAGCGCAACAACGGCUUGCGAAUCCAAGGCCUAAAAGUCGACAAAGCGCCCGCAAGCGGCGAGAAUAAGGAAGACGAACCUGCUUCCCCGAACUCUCUUGGUGGUCUCGAUACAGGGCCAUCGUCUCUGCUACCAGAGACUCUUUUGAAAUCCGAUUAA